UUUUCGGAAAGAUCAGGGCCAUCGGAUGAAGUUUUGUCCAUGGAAGACGAAUUCUCCUAUUGCCCUAUUUCUGUUUUUAUUUGACAUGGUGCUGAUGGAAAAUGUAGUUUUCCAGACGAAUUUAUAUGCAACACAAAAGGACAAACCUUUUAACAGUUUAAAUUUAAACGAACUGUUAAAAUUCUUAGGAAUAAAUUUAUUGAUGGGAAUAAAGAGGAUCCCCAGUUACAGGGAUUAUUGGUCGUCUACACCAGAAAUGCAUGAUGCAUACAUUUCUGAUCAAAUGUCCGUGAAACGAUUUACGUGGAUUUUAUCCCAUCUACACCUGAAUGAUAAUACUGUUCAACCUCAGAGGGGAUCCCCAGAAUUUGAUAAACUAUAUAAAUCUGUAGACGAGUCGAUGAUCAAAUUUAAAGGUCGUUGUUCGUUGAAGCAAUACAUGCCAAAGAAACCGAUCAAACGUGGCUACAAGGUAUGGAUGCAAUGCGGAUGCGAUGAAAGCGGAUUCGUCUGCCAAUUUGACAUUUAUACUGGCAAAACAGUAAAUAUGAAUAGGAAGAACCUUCCUAAAAAUCUUAAAGAGGAAAAAGUCUUAGGCAGAGGAGAUUUUGAUUUCUCAGUUAGCAGCGACAAGAUUACAUGCAUAAAAUGGAAACAUAAGAGAUGCGUGAAUGUCUUAUCAAAUCAAAAUCAACCGACUGAAAUUCUUCAAGUACAAAGAAAGGAAAAAGACGGAAAUAUGAAAAACAUUCCCUGUCCAAAAGCUAUUGUGGACUAUAAUAAUAACAUGGGAUUUGUAGAUCACUUUGAUCAUUUGAAAAUGUUACGUAUAUGGGAUGCUGGAUUGGUAGGAGUAGAAUCAUUGCAUCGCGGAUACGUGACGCUGGUCCUGAACGGGUUAAUGACACUACCUGCUAUACUGAUGGGCUUGGGUUUGAAUCCUGGAAAUGACAUGGAUCUUUGUUAA